AUGGUGAAGUUAGGAGAUCGAGUCAAGAUUAAAGGCCUCUAUGGUGUUGUUAGAUUUGUUGGGGAGACUAAGUUUUCAGCAGGGCAAUGGGUAGGGAUUGAAUUAGAUGAUGCUGUAGGUAAAAAUGAUGGUUCUGUCCAAGGUGUUUCUUAUUUUACUAUGAGUAAGAAGAAUGGGUUGUACGGGUUAUUCACCAGGUUGGAGACUGUAAGUGUUAUAUCUGAUCAGUGGGGAUUGACCAGAUCUAAACUUCCGAGUAUCAAAGCUACAGCUCCUAACUCUAGUAGUAGUAGUGGUGGGACUUCAUCGAUAACCGUAGCAAGUCGGCAGAGUGACUCACAGGUUGGCUAUCAAAUGAACUUACAACACUCACCUAUGGUGGCUAAGAUUUCAAGACCGACUCGGCGGCAUUCCACUAAAUCGGCCAAGGGAUCAGUUGUUCCUGCUUCUACACAAUCUCUAAUUCCCCGAUCGUCGGGAUCAGUAUUAUCUUCUUUAACCGAAGAUGGCAAGAUUGGGGGUUCAUCAAGAUCUCAACAAGCCCCUCCUAGUUUGGCUACUUUUGAGAGGCGUUCAGCUCAAACUGAGUCAACGGAGGAACAGCGACUUCGAAAGGUUAUAGAGAAGUUGCAAGAAAAGCUUGUUACUCUGCGUUCUGAAUGUAAAAUACUACAGGAUAAACUUGCUGAGGGUAAUCACCCAGAAAAGGUUGAGACCUUGAUAAAAGAUUUAGAGCUGUUAACGAUUUCCAAAGAAUCAUUAGAAGAAGAAAAGGAUGAACUAAAGAACAGAUUGGAAUCACUUGAAGAAGGAUAUGCCAAUGUGGCGGCAGAGCUGGUUCAAUAUAAAGAUGAGGUAGAUCUUAGGCGAAAAAUUGACUUAGAAGAACUUUCUAAAGAGGAUUUGAGUCCAAAUAUUGUGUGGAAACAAAAUGAGUUGAUGAAAGAUGCUUUGAUGAAAAUUCAGGAAUCGUUAGAUGCCAGUAGCCAACUUGUCGUUGAACUUCAGCAAGAAAAAAAAGAACUUCUCCAAACUAAUACGGAGAUGUCAAAUGAGAUAAAAGAACUUACUCUUCAGUUAGAGCAGGCUCGUAGUACCAUUAAUGAUCUUGCUGCCCAAGUUGAUGCGGAAGGGAAAGUUUCCGCUAUUGUUGAGUCUUUGACUACUGAAAACCUUGCAUUGACAGAGGAAAUUGAAGAGUUGAAAAGGGAACUAUCAGAAAUUUCUCGAAAGGAUGAAUUCAAUGGUGAAUUAGAGCAAUUAUACAAGGAUUUAGAAAAGGAAUUAUCGCAGCAAAUUCACAGUUUACAGCUGAAGAUAUCCGAUGACGAAAUCGUUAUGAACAAACUAAAUGAACGAAAUCAAGAACUUGUUCGCUUAUUGGAUGUCACACAAGCUAAAGACGAACCAGGUUGUAUCGUUGACGAAUUGAAAAAUACUAUACUUGAUUUAGAAAGUGAUAAGCUUAGAUUAAAACUAACAACCGAGUUUUUGAAUCAGAAGAUUAGUGCCCAUAAGCCAAACCCGUUGGAAGAAUACCAUCUGCAAUUGGGUUAUAUGGCUACUAUUGUUGCAAAUAAUACUUCCUAUGAUCUAAAUAUUUCUGUUGCUGAACAAAUUAAUUUAUUUUAUUUAUCAAUUAUUUGCAAAAUUCUAUACAGACUAUUUGAUUUGAAACUGGUGGAUGAAGAAACAGUCCAUAUUGUUAUUGAUGCAAUUCCUUUGGAAGAGUGGAUUAAUAGAUGUUUGAAUGAUCAAACUUUAAAAAUAGAACCAUUUGAACACUGGAUCAAAAUCCUGGAAUGCCACCCUUUAUUGGCUAUGUCUGCCAAUAUAUUUUAUGAAGUCAUAUUAAGAGUUUGUGUUGAUAUAAUUCCAAAUUUACUGGCCAACCUCAGAAACACUCUAUCAGCCCAAGAUAUGCAGACUUUAUAUUCAUGUUUCCAAGCCCUUGAAAAAAAAAGUUUGAGCGUUUUAGAGGAUGCCAGUCUAUCCAGUAAUCUUGCUUCAUUCAAGCUAUUAAAUGCCAAUUCAUUGUUGUCUAAUAUUUUUAUUAUAGUGAAUAAAACAUUGAGUAACGGUGCUCCUUUAAAUGCCAUUCCAAAGCUCCAAAAUGUGCUUAAAACACUCGAUGAAUCCGAAAUAGAAACAAUAGAUUUAGUUUCCCCUGUUGUUACUGAACAAACUGCGACCUUGACGCCUAUCGAUGAUGAAGCUUCAAUAGAUUUAAAAAAAAAAUCCAAAGUUAUGAAGAAUCGUUGCGAGAGAAGAAUUUAG